GCACGCCGCGCGCCACGCACGCUUGAGCGCGACCCAGUCCGCUCUGACGUUUAGCCGAGCCGCCGGUGUCACCCUGUCGCACGGUUUUCUCCGUGCUCGGCACAUUUUCUGCGCACUUUGAUGUAUCGUGACAAGCGUAGAGCGGUCGGUCGGCGUCGCUAGGAGUCGGUCCCCCGGAGGCGGUGCGAGCUAGGCCCGGGCACGCCGGCAGCAGCUGGUGGUGUUUACACGCCGCGCCUGCAGCGCCACCGCCUCUGCCGCGCUCGCCGCUCCCGCUCCGCGCCGUGUGCGCUCGCUCGCUGCAACAUACCAACAACCCCUCAUUUACUAUUCAACGCUGUGAAUUUUUAACUUUGCGAACGACCGACCAUAGAGGUAUUUAAAUGCUUACUAAACCCGAAUCUCAUCAGAAAGAACAGUUGUAGUGCACAUUAGUGUCGCAGAUCAGAACAUACGCAUCGAAAACCAAAUAUUCAUAGACCAUUCGAGUGAUAUCACGACUUCAUAAAUAUGGGUGCUAAAGAGAGCGUGGAAGCUGCUAAAUUUUCUUCGCAAAAUUGGAACAAUUUCGAGCAUGGCGUUGUGAAACAUCCAUAUAGGCACGGAACCCAGCGCUCGCAGAGUCUCAACCGCGGGCACUCUUUCUCGCGCACCGAUGGCACCUGGUGACAUCACGGGACCGCGGGCAGCAUAGUGCAGUGCGCCGAGUGCGGCACGCGCACGAUGGGAAACAAGCUCUCGUCGUGCUCCUGCGCGCCCAUACUCCGCAAGGCGUACCGCUAUGAGGACAGCCCGUGGCAGAACUCGCGCCGCCGCGACGGACAUCUGUUGAGACUAUGGGCGGAAGUGUUCCACGUGUCAGCCAGCGGCGCCGGCACCGUGAAGUGGCAGCAAGUGUCCGAGGACCUGGUGCCCGUCAACAUCACCUGCGUCCAGGACUCCCCGGAGUGCGUGUUCCACAUCACCGCCUACAACUCGCAGGUCGACAAGAUCCUGGACGUGCGACUAUUGCAACCUGGCACCCGGAUCGGACAAGCCUCAGAAUGCUUCGUGUAUUGGAAGGACCCCAUGACCAACGACACGUGGGGCCUCAACUUCACGUCGCCCAUCGACGCCAAGCAAUUCAGGGAGUGCUGCUCACCAUCGUUUAAAUUCUCCCGAAAGGCAUCUUCUAGCUACAGCCUAAAGCUGGAACCUCCCGGCAACAAGCAGAAGUUCAAAGCAAAGAGGAAACCACUCUCCACACCAGCUAGUCCGAAUCGAUCCAGCUUGACGUAUGGACGCGAACCGCAAUGCACCUGCAUGACUCAAGAACAGUAUGCCAGACUCCGGGCUCAAGAUCCUCGCUAUCGUUCCUCAACUCUUCCUCGCACAACGGCCCGCGCCCUGGAGGCCGAGGCCGGCUCUGCUGGAGGGACGGCCAAUCGCGCCGACAAGGUGGCUGCGGCUACGUCAUCCACCUCGCUCUACGACAAUGUGGCCAACGCUCAGCCAUCACACCAGGCCCCGCCUAAACCUGCAGCUCGCCAGUCCGAGCAGCAGCCUCCGGCGCGCCCGGCCAAGUCGCAGGAGACGUCUACCAUGACUACAAACACUUCCACUGCGCCGAAGACCGUCACCGCUUCGGUUGGCACCCACAGCGGCAGUACUACUACAGAAGAGACUCAGAUUGCAGCUGGUGCCAAUACAACUCAACACGGGCAAGAUCUGAAGUCGGAGGGAGUGCAAGCGGGAGGCACUCUGACCUCCUCGAAGUCCUCGGCUACUUCCACACGCUCGGGCAAAGAACAUCUGCAGCACAUGCCAAAGAGCGUUGAUUAUGGCGAUGGAAAUGAAUCGGGUCGAGAGUCAGAGCGGCACUCGGCUCACCACCACAACGUGAUCAACAACAACACUUCGGGCUCGCGUCGCACAAAAUCUAAGAGCACCGAAGACAUGAAUAUGGAUUCCAGCACCCUCAAACGCAUGCUGAAGCCAAUGCCCUCUACCGAGAGCCCCGUGACCUCUCCAGAGAUGGGGCGCCGUCGGUAUGGGGGCGCGGGGCCCUGCCCCCCAUCGUGUGGGGCGCAUGGUCACCGCCACCCGCAGCACCCGCAUCACGGGCACUACUCGCACAUUGUCAAUAACAACAGUCGGCAGAGUUCGCAGCGCCGUGGAGUGGGGGUCGGCGCAGCCCCAAGUGGGUACCCAGGCCGAGGGCUAUACCUAGAGUUGGGCGGCGGCGAGCGCGACAUGUCCCCGCCGUCUGACAACGUGAUGUUCGACAACCAGUGCUACGCCACCACGCCGUCGUCAUCCAACGGGAAUUCGGAUCAAGAGCCUUGCCAGCGCCGCGACCCGAGGCAGCAUCAUCAUGGGAAGCCCUGCCUCUCGCGUCAGGCGUCCCAGUCAAGCGCCACACCAGCUCCGGGCUCACCAACCUCCCGCCUCCUGCUGGAGUAUGAGAUGCACCUACGGAACACCCUAGCAAAGGGUAUGGACGCCGAGAGUUACAGUCUUCACACAUUCGAAGCUCUGCUAAGCCAGAGUAUGGAGGACUUGGAAUACAACGACAACAUGCCACCUUCGAACCAACGAAGCCCUUACCCAUCACGAAGACGACCAGCAUCCCAGUGCUCUGGUGGAGGCAGCCGGUCGUCUACGCUGCCGCUGCCGCAUCGAUUGGGCGUGGAGAGGCAGCACAGCGCUCGUUCUGAUCGGGACGGAUACUACAGUGACCGCAACGAACUAAUGCGAGAGCGUGAGCGGGACCGGGAACGCGAACGUGGCUAUUUGAGUGACCACAAUACCAGGGAUCGCGUCAGAGACCGUGAUCAAGGAUACUUGAGCGACCACCAGUCAAGUUUCGUGAGCGCUUCCCGAUGCGCGUCGUGCAUCGGCGAAUCUGCGCGUGCGGCGUGGUACCGCCACUCUGAUGGCUGGCGCGGCGCCCCCGCCCCCGGCCCGCGGCGCUCACCCUGGGACUCCCUGCCCAGCCUGCGGCAUGAGGGCAGCUUGAACGACUCUGGCUACCGGAGUAACAGAGCUGACAGUUUUGAACAAAGGGGCGUGUUCGACCGGCAAGACAGCGUUCGUUCAGAGUACACGAGCGACCGUGAGUCCGGCAGAUACGGGAUCGUGCAGCAGGCGUCCAUCGACAGCACCGACUCCAGGAUCUGCUACCUGACCUCCAGUGAGAUAUCGGAUGACGAUCGCAUGUCGCUGACGACGGCAGUGUCGGACGAAGAGGACCCCGGCGAAAGCGCGAUGAACUCUCCCUACAAGGGCAAGCAGACCGGCGCCGCCGCCGCGUCUUUCAACUGCACUGGUGCCGUCAGGAAAGCUGGAUUUUUGAGCGUGAAGAAGUGGUUGCUCCGCAAGAAGCAUCAGAUAGAGCUGGCCCGCAAGCGCGGCUGGAAAGGCUACUGGGUCUGCCUCAAAGGCACCACACUCCUUUUCUACCCGUGCGAUUCCCGCGAGGGCCGGUCAGUCGAAGCAGCACCGAAGCACCUGAUCAUAGUCGACGGAGCAAUAAUGCAGCCGAUUCCAGAACACCCCAAAAGGGACUACAUUUUCUGCCUGAGCACCGCAUUCGGUGACGCCUACCUGUUUCAGGCACCUUGUCAGGUGGAGUUGGAAAAUUGGGUGAACAGUAUACAUAGUGCCUGCGCCGCGGCAUUCGCUCGCCACCGCGGGAAAACUGGGACACUUCAUCUGCUCCAGGAAGAAAUAUACCGCCUCGAGAAAGCCAUCGAAUCUGAUCACAAGCUAAAACAUAUGGCCGACCUGCAGCAGUCCGUGGUAUCAGACCCAGAGACGCGUGCGCAACUCGCGGUGCAGAUGUUACAGUGGGAAGAGAAUCUUGAGAGGCUGCACUGUGAACAGUUCCGUCUCAGGUGCUACAUGGCCAGUCUUCAGAGUGGCGAACUUCCUAAUCCCAAGAGUCUCCUCACACACGUGUCCCGUGGUACGAAGAGUACCCUGAACAAGCUGGGCGUGUUCACCGUGUCGUCUUUCCACGCGUUCAUCUGCGCUCGCUCGCCGUCGCUCCUCAACAAUUUGCUGGCUGGCCGUGGUGCCACAAAACGGCGGGCGCCCAACCUUUCCCGAUCCAACUCUGGGUCCAGCAGGCGAUCUAUGCAGAUGUCGCGCGACGACGGCGAGGCGGCUGUCCGCGUGUCUCUUCCCGAGGGCACCACGGCUACGGUGGGAGUGCGUGAAGGCAUGUCGGUGGAAGAAUUCCUGGCUGCAGCUUGCGCGCGCCGAUCGCUCAACGCGUUGGAGCACUUCGUGCGCGUCAAGAAACGCCGGGACAUGGAAGACCAUAACUACUUCGUGCCUCACCGCAGCGAUCUCAUCGAGACUUACUUGCACACACACGAAGUGGUGGAGGUGUGCGCCAAGAUCCUGUACCAGGUGGAACUCCAGCGAACCACCCUCGAGCAAAUGUGGGGCUUCAGCGUGGAGGCCGAGCUCAUCGAGAACGCUGAGAGGCAGGACGAGCUGUGCUGCUACGUCAGCAGGGUUGAGGACAAGAGCGUUGCUAUGCAGAACGGCAUAAUCAAAGGCGACGAGAUAAUGGUGAUCAACGGAGCGAUCGUAUCUGACCUAGAUAUGAUGUACUUGGAAAGCGUGCUGCAAGAGGAGCUCUCUCUCGUCAUGAUGAUGAGAUCGUCCCGCACUGAGCCGCCUGAACUGACCGGCAUGAUGAGGGCUGCGACCGACGACAUCAUAGAUUCCCUGGUGUGCCCACCACCGCCCAGCGAGCCGCCGGUCAUCUCCGACGACAUGAUCUCUGGACUCAUCGUGCCCGCACCAGCUUGGAGUAAGGAGUUAUACAGCCCCGAAACAGACGGUCAUGGCGGGGACUCGGUGAAUGCAGGCCCGCCCAAAGUCAGCUCGCGGACGAAUUCGUUUGAAAUUGAAAACCUUCUAAAGAGCGCAGAACAGGUGACCGGCUGGUGCCGAUCGCCGGCGGACACCCGCCGCGGGAGCCCAACAGGCAGCGUGGUCAGUGCCGCGGCUGGGACGCCCUCCCGGCACAUGUCUGAUGCCGACAAACUGAAGAAGGUCCUGCUGGAACUGGUGGACACUGAGCGCGCUUAUGUUAAGCACCUGAACAACUUACUGGAGAACUACUUGGAGCCGCUGAAGAAGGAAACUUUUUUAUCAAACGCCGAGAUCAACGCCCUAUUUGGAAACAUUCAGGAGAUUGUGACUUUCCAAAGGCAGUUCCUGCAAAACUUAGAGGAAGCGCUCGAGGCUGAGCCAAACUUCCACCACUUUGAAUUCUCAAAUCAAUUUAAAAAUAUACUCUUCGCGGUUGGAAAUGCAUUCUUGUACUACGUCAACCACUUCAAAUUAUACAGCUCUUUCUGUGCCAGUCACAGCAAGGCUCAGAAAGUCUUGCAUCCGAAUGAAGGAAACCAAGCAUUGCAAGAGUUCUUGGCGGCCAGGAAUCCAAAGCAGCAGCACUCGUCAACACUCGAGUCGUACCUUAUCAAACCUAUUCAACGGAUACUAAAAUAUCCCUUAUUACUUCAACAACUGAGAAAUUUGACUGAUGCUAAUUCUGAAGAACACCUCCAUUUAGUAGAGGCUCUCAAGGGAAUGGAGAAAGUUGCUGAACAUAUAAAUGAGAUGCAACGAAUACAUGAAGAAUAUGGUGCUAUCUUUGAUCACUUGUUUAGGCAACACCAGAAGUCUUGCAAGCAACCUAUAGAUCUAAGUCCUGGUGAUUUGUUAUACUACGGUGGAGUAGAAUGGUUAAAUAUUUCAGACUUUUUAGGAAAAAUAAAGAAAGGAUUGGAACUGCACGCUAUGUGCUUUGUAUUUAAAUCAGCUGUUGUCUUCCUGUGCAAAGAAAGACUGAGACAAAAGAAGAAGUUGAUGGGUGUGUCAUCAAAGAACAACUCGAACGAAGUAGAGAUCAUCAGGUACCAGGUCUUGAUCCCGGUGACUGAGGUCCAGGUGCGCGCGUCCUCUGCCAAAGACAUGGACAGCCACUUCUUGUGGGAGCUGAUACAUCUGAGGAGCCAGCUGCAGCGCCGCUCCGAGAAGGUCUACGUGCUGUCCAACAGCACGGCGGACUUCCGCAACGCGUUCCUGAAGACUAUCAGGCAGAUUAUUAGGGAGUCGGUUCGGAACAUGUCCCUGCCCACCUCGAGACCCGCGCCGGCCCCACCUCGGGCGCCACACACCCUGGAGCGCGACCGGGAGAGGCCCAAGCAUCAGGUGCAAGUGAUGCAGGGCUCUCAAACUCUGGGCAAGACAAAGAAACCAAAGACAAGUGGACAACGGCUAUCGGCAGGCAAUAUCGAGGUUGGUGAUCUCUCGCGUGAGAACUCGCAAGACGCAGACGAACCUCCGCCACCGCCUCCAGAAGAAGAACCUGCUUUCAGGCACCGAAGCAAAACAUUAGGUGACACUGCUGAGACUAGCGUGAAGCGAGCGCCGCCGCCGCCUCCCCCAGACACCGACAAGUCGGACCUCGGCUCCAAGUCCGAGGGCGAGGACGAGCCGCCCCAGCCGCCUGCCAAACGAGGGUUAGGCAGAACUCCCAACCACCUCACGCUAAGCACGACGUCGACUCUGAGUGCCGGCAGCACGGGCAGCCAAGCUAGACUCAUCCAAUCCUCGCAUCAACCAACCCAGUACCAACCCACGAUGGUCAAAGAACUAGGAUCGCCCGUGUGGAAACCGCGCGACAUGGGGGGCGAGGGGGGCGGGGCGGGGGCCGCGGCUCCCCCUGCGCCCACCACGCUGCCGCGCUCGCAGCGCCCGGCGCCCCGCGCGCACCUCUCCGCCAGCCGCAAGUCGCUGGCGCCGGACCACCGCCACUAGCCGCCGACACCACGGUACUACCCCCUCAGCUGCAGCCUAUGUGACGGCAGCCACUCCGUAAAUACCGAGGCUGCACACGCACGACAUGAAAAUCCCAAUCAAAACAAAUGUGAGCCAAAUCAACAACGCUGACAACAACAGCAGAAGACAGCAACUCUAAAACUCAUAUACCAACGUGAGCAUGUUAUGAACUGUGUGCCUACCAUGAGUUUACGUUAGGUGUGCUCGCU